AUGGAACCACACACCCUUCCCACAGACACGGGUCCGAACGACGCUGUCCCAGACAUGAGAGCCGGUGACAGCCUCUUUGGUCCUUACGACAGCGAGCCAGACCAACCCACUGAGAUACCGGAACCCGCCCGGUCGACGUCUGUCGAGCACACUACACAUACCACUCCAGCGACAGGCCCUCAUGCAGUGACAGAAACACCACCUGAGACGGAACCCGAGGAGAAAUCUUCUCUGCCUGUCGAUGACCAGACGCUGUACGAUGCCUACCACGCCAGCUAUGCACACCCUAUCAGCGAGACGUCCGCGCACAUGCAGCAUGCCAAAGCCCUUGCCCAUGCCCUGCUCCAGCGCCACUAUCCCGAAUCUCAAGACUAUCUGGUCGAGCCGGCAGCUUUGGGCCCCUUCUCAGACUAUGGCAUAAAUUUCAGGCUCAAAAAGAGCGAUGAGCCUGACUCUGACCCCGAUACUCCUCCAUUGAAGAAGCCGAAGCGCCCCACCAAAGCAACCACCAUCCACUGCUCGUAUGAGGCACCAUGGCACUCAAUCGGCCUCCACAACAUGGCCGCCUUUGUCGUCAAGCAGCGCGUCAAAGGGGUCGGGACGUCCGAGUACCGCACGCACACAGGUCUCGUCGUUAUGCUCGACGACCUUGCUACGUUCUACCGCUGGUCGCGAGACAAUGAGAUUGUCCGCGGCGACGUGCUAAGUGACCUGCUCGGCGUAAUCGGUCGUGUCGACCAGGGCCACGGCAUGCUGUUCUUCGGGCCGCGGUUAGAGCUAUACCAGUACGACGCCAGCGACGACAAGACGCCUGUCAAGCCGCACCAGCACCCGAACUGGCGGAUGGACAUGCGCACCACGAGCCUGGCAGCGGUCGACAAGGUGUUGAGCAGCUUUGCAGCGCAGGCGGUCGUUCACCAGGAAGCGGUUUGA